AUGUCCUUUCCAGACCAGGAAGGCUCAUGUCAUUAUGCGUCCAAUGAGUUCCGCCGCAACAUCGCCUCGACUUGCCGUUCCAGCUCCAAGUGCGGCGGCACAGAUCUCACAGGUCUGGCCAUAUCGUUCUUCUCCACUCAUUCUGUUGGCGGCGUAGCGAUGCUUUCUGCGUUCAGACGUCUAUUAUCAAUGAUUCUGCAUUCAAGCUGUGUCUUGCGAACAGGUAAUGAGGAAGGACGGAGAUUCGUCCUCUACGCCCCAGGAGGUUCGUGGUGUCGUAAGUCUUCCGGGUCCUUCGCUUGCACGCCUGUCCGCUCUCAAUUUCUUGAGGUAAUUCCUUCCCAUUCGUUGGAGGUGAAAAUCGUGGCCGCGGUUCGGGUCUGUCACAAUGGGACAUUUCACGCCGGGACCCGACCCGCUUUCAACAGCACAUGUAGCUUCCAUUACAGUGACAUGCUCGUGUCCAAUCGGAAGCCUAUUAAGAAUGCCUUCGAAUCACCUUCAAGCCCAGUGAAAGCGCCAAGCUUUUAUGGACUGACUAUUUCGAGAAACAUAUCCUCCAACUCUUUCAAUAGAUCGAUAACUCCCAUGGGUGUGUAUCCGAAUCUUGUCGCUCUCAUCCUGUUUGAGGGGUGUUGUAUGCAACUUCACGAAGAGGAAGAAGCUGGAGGAGAUAACUUGGAACACCGGGUCAUGAAAACGAUUUCGUUAAGACGACCUAUUGAAGACCGAUUUGGUGGACACGCUGAACCGCGUGAACAUUCAGAGCCUAGGUUAACUCACGAAUGCCUCAAAGGUCUCUCCAACCCUGCUAAUCAGAAUUUUGCCACCGAUCAUCUUUGUCGCACCAACCAUGCAGUCUGCGUCUUCCAACUUCCAGAAUCCGCCCAGGUGACACCGAGAGCUCAGAAAGUUUUUACCAUGGAAGGCCAUAAUACUCUACUAGGGGAGGUGCAUAUCCGACUUCGUUACUCAAAGGUCUACCGCCCACCAGAGUACCCACUCCUGUCCCACUCGGCUAACCCCUUCCACCCUGAGGCGCCAGUCACAAUAACAAGUACAACCUACAAGUAUUCAGACCAUGAAGUUUCUAGAGGAGGGUCCGUGAGGGGUAUAGGCACGGAGCUACCCAAGACUUUGUCCCACCACAGUGCUACAAAGUCUCAACCCUUGUGUUCCAUGACCAGCGCGGUGGCAGAUCACAUCAGUGACUGGAAAGCAAGCAUCCUCCAAUUCCCUAGAGGACUUAGGGAAAUAUGCCGUCACGGGUUGUUUGUAGAUGUGCGGCUCCCCACAAUGCUUGAUACGUUUCGCAAUCUCCCUUCGAAGAGGGCAUCGCUUCUCAGCGCGUUAACUGAUGCUGCUAGUGCUGUGGCAUCGCUCCACUCACCUCAGCGAUUUAAGGCAAUUAUUCGGUCCAAGAUUGAGAUGAGUGAGCGUUACAAAGAGAGCUCGUUGCCUCCCCCCCAUCGCCUGGCAUUGCGUGGUAAAGCCGCCGUGCUCGCAGAGCUAGCAGAUCUCAAAGUAGGCAAGAAGAUUGAGCUCACUCGCUAUGUUCCGUCAAACUUGCUCGGUUUCCUCCACAGAAACCUUCUCAAUCUGCCUACUCUCUGUUUUCCCGAAUGUAAUAUCUUCCUCGAUGACAAAGCCUCGAGCCCCCUUGCUCAGCGCUUUAGAAACCCAUGGAUACACCACAUUUCCGUUCAAGGGUUCUCCAUUUCCCUGAAUUUAUUCCCCCAUAUCAUGAAAUCAGCAUCCGAAUCUCUCAAAACGACCCCGAACUUCCAGAUUCAUAGACACAAAUCGGAUGUCGGCACCCUUUCCACCAAAGUUUUCUACUUCAGCUUUAAGAUCCGCAAGUGCAAUGAGACCUAUCAUAUCAAUGAGACCAGCCAUCGACAUAUCCAAAACCAAAAGCCGCAGCGGAGGAAGCUUAUCUACCGUCUAGGCUUUAGCUCGGAGUCGGCCGAGUUUCCGUUCCCCCGGAGACGCUCCAGCCCCAUAUCGGCCUUUUACAUGGUAUGCAAUCGCAAAAAGUAUUGGCUCGGUGAACUUGAAUACCUGACAAUCUGGAGGAACGUCAGUCACAUUGGCGCGGCGAAGCUGACCCGAGUCAAGACGUUGAGGCGGAGAAAAGGAUGCAGUAUGCGACGUGAAAGCCAACCGCAAUUAAAUGCCCAUCUCUGUGUCCGCGAAGAUAGUAACCCAGAGUCUUCCAGUAUCUAUAGAAUACCUUUGGGGGCACAAUCAUCUGCCAUAUACCACUACCAUUAUUGCCGCCAGAGCAUCAGACCGUAUGCGGGGGAUCUGACACCAGUGCCGGAAAUCACGGCUGUACACGAGAGCCCCCCUCCAACCGCCAUGGAUAAAAAGCAGGAGUUGAAGAAUCUUCCAACCGAAGCUCUAGCAAUAGCAAGAUGCCCUAUUGAAGCAGCAAGGAAGGGUGUUAUGGCCCGGAGCAGUGAUGUCGCCCGAUUCGACAUUGACAAGAGCAAAAACAAAUACCAAUCGCCUUUCUUUUCCUACCACACCUCUGGGUCGCUUUCUGGAGAAAUGUCAGGGGCCAUAGAAGCCAACCGCCAUUGUAGGGACCUUGACUUUAGGGACGUUUACGAGCAGGGUGUGAAUGAUGCUAGCAGUUCGGCUUGCUUUCUUGCAUUCAUGGCUAAUACGCUAGAUGGAAUAGUCGGAGGAAAUACCUUCUUUGAUUCUGGAAAUGAAAGCCAUGAAGUGGGAGACAGCGGCGGCCAAAAGCGACUCAGGACAGGAGCUCGCGGUCAAAUUAAGAAGUUUAAUCGACUCGAAAGGGAACAGGAGGAAGAAGCUCAUUCCUGCACGGCGGGCCCUCUCUCCUAUAAAGUUUUCGGUAUGCGCAUAUAUAACCAACAUCAAAGCAAGGCUGACGCCGUGAUUAUGGGCCUAUCGAUGUAUCGAAUGGAGCUGUGCAUGAUCCAGAGUUCUCGUCAGGAAAUUAGCACCGUGAGAGCCUAUGGAUGCCCAGAGACUCAACGAGCCAAAGUUUCCAUUGAGUCUCCCACACUAUUUGUUAAACCAUUUGCCUUUUCUCCGAUUCGCUACGCACAAUAA